AUGCCCACAACUGGAGCACCAGUUCCUGGACCCAAGGCUCGUGGGAGGAAAUGCAGCAGUGACUCACAAGCAGGAUGGGUCAGCAAGGACCAAGCAGAGAUCCUCAGCCUGAAGGAUACCUCAAAGAUGCUUGACCACAUCAGGCCUGUUUCUUCGUCCCUGAAGCAUAGUUUUGUUCCUGAAGAGGUUUUCCGAAGCCUGACCUGUGCCAGCAAGUCUCUGUACAACCCAGAGUACUUACAGUCCCUUCAAAGUACCCAGACCUCACUGGGCUUCAGGGGCUGCCUGCGGACCCCAGAUCGGCUUUGGCAUUAUCCUAAUCGUCGGACCAAGUUCAGGCACCUGACAGACCACCCUGUCAGUUUGACAGGCGCUGGAAGGGAUGUCUCUUACUUGUGUAAUAUUGCAACUGGCCAAGAAGCUAAAAAAGCAGUGUCUGGCAGAAGCUCUUUUCCUGAGGGUCAUCGUGAGCGAAACGGGAGCCGUGGUGCAGCCCCACGUAUUUCUAGAACAAGCCUAGCAGACAGUCUGGUUCCCAAGGAAUUUCACGUUGUAAAGAACAGAGGAGUCUUGCCCUUGAAGUACUUUGAUGGGAAGUACACCACACUGCUUGAGGACCGUGAGAAGAAGCUGAGGCUGUUCCCAUCCACGAAACCUUCUGGGAGGUUAGAGGUCAUCCAGCUGAUGGAGAUGAUGGACAGCAUGCUGGAGAAAGCCGGCGUCGACAAGCUAAUCCGAGUAACAGGACCGUCACAGCUGCACAACAUGCUGGAGCUGAUGAAGGCAGAGCAGAACAUCUACAACAUCGUUUUCCACGAGCUGAUUCGGCAGGUCAGCGUGGACUGCGUGGAGAGAGGACAGCUCCUUUCAAAGCUCAGGCAGAGGUAUGUGCAUCUCAUGGAGCGGAUUCCUGAGCAGAUGAAGACCCUCUACCAAAAAAUGAUGGCACAGCAGCUGAUUGACAGGCACAUUACAGAAGAACUACUCUCUUUUAAAGACUCUGUAGGACAGUUGGCCAGUGAGCUGCGUGAGGUACAGCAGCGAGACCACCAGGUGACCAGAAAAGCAGAGGAAGCUCAAGAGGAGCUGUCUGCAGCCUUGCAGGAAGAUGAGGUGAAUGCAAACCUUUUAGAAGAGUUUCGGGAGUUGUACGAGCUGCAGAGAAGACGGCUGGAAGAGCAAAUUCUGCUGGUAGCCCGGGACAGAGACAUCUGGAGCUCAGCUGCAUAUGACCUGGCUCUGAAGAUGAUAGACAGAGACCAGCUCACGUUAGUCCACAGGCUCCAUGUUAGUGGAAAGACACUGACCACUAUUCUCCAGCACUUCAUAGCCCUCUUGGCCUCCAAGGACCCAGGAGACCUGGCUCAGCUGCAGGAAGAGACGGAGCAGUUCAGGCAGAAGCUGGGUCACAUUGCAGCAGAAAUAGAGCAAUCCGAGGAGGCCAGCCAGGGAAAACUGCAAAUUGCCUGCAGCAGCCUCAACAAGUGGCUUCAGCUCUUCCACAGCAGUGACUUCUCUUCUCCAAUGAAUGAAAAGCUACUGGAUGAAGUCCUGCAAGAUAUCAAGAACUUGAUAAAUAUGCUGAAAGAAGACCUGGAGCAGUAUGGAGGGGAGGUGCACCUAAGGAGGAUGGAAAGCCUGAGGAGUGCUGCCAGCCUGCAGGAGCACUGGAUGGAGCUGGGACAAACGGUGCUGAACCGACACCAGGCCUUCGCUGGAGCGUUGCCUCCUCAGUGUGCUGCCCUGGAAGAAAUAAACCAAAGGGCACAUGAGCUCUACCAGCAAUACCACAUGAGGAUAAGUGGGAAUCAUGGCACAGCCAGAGCCCUGGCAGCCUUGGUGAGAGGCAUGGAAGACUGGUUCUUCAAGGUGCCAGAGCUGCAGCGAGGCUCCGGCAGGCGGGAAGCUGCGCUGCGGGCGUUGUGCCGCAGCAUCCCGGCGUGGCUGGCCAAAGUGGAGGCAGCCAAGAGCUGCAGCGGCUCCAGCCACCUGCGUGAAGCUGAGAGGGAUGAGAAGCCUCAUUUCCUGGUGGAACCUAGAAAGCUUUUUCAGAUGAUUCAGCAGUGGGUUCUGUCUGUGAAUAAUGAGGCUGAGAUGAACAUCUCAGGUCUUAAUGAAAAGGUGGCUGCCCUGCACCGAGGCCUGACCCUGUGGCUGGUGCGUUUGCUGGGACACCUGCCCGCAGACCGCGCGCCCCCGCAGCGCUCCUCGCCGCCGCACCCGGGCACCCAGGCAGAAGAGCAGCUCAGGCUCCUAGGGGCGCGCAAGCUGCAGCAGCAGGCGGAGGAGCUGGUUGCAGAGAUGGGCAGACUCUCGGGCUCUACAGUCAGCUCCUGCCGUGAGGUCGUCAAUGUGCUCGUUCGAAGGAAACGGUCUGAGAUGGACUCAGAAGCUGAUUCUGAGCUGGAGAUGCUGAAUAAGGUCAAGACUGAGUGCUGUAAUUGGAUCCAGGCAUAUAGUCUUCUCCUCCCAGAGAUCAGAGGCUCUCCAGUCUCUUUUCUGGAUUUAGAAAAACUGAGGAACCUCUUUGGAUCAGAGGAAUUGCAACUGAAGCUUAAGGACAUUUCUUCAACUCGGGAAGAGCUUGAAGCUGAAGAUGCCAUCACUAGUAGGAAACCCUUAUCAGAGGAAGAACCAUUAGAGCAGUGGCCAGGUCCUGGUACAGGUUAUCAGACUGAGGACAAUGAAGCUACUGCAGACAUGAUCAGAUACAUAGGACACGACUCCAACAUCCACCUGAAGUCUCUGAAGUCAGACCUGGUGUCAGUGACAGGGAGAGAGAUGACUGCCACCAAGGCAUCGACUCCCUCUUCUCAGAAAGGAUUUGAAGCCCUUGCAGUGCUGGAACAUCUGCAGGUGCAGCUCCUGGAAACGGAGAUCCGCGCCCAGAAAGCGGAGGAGAGAUCUGAAGGUCUUGAAGAGAAGCUGGAAGAAGCUCUGCAGAGAAUCAAAGACCUAGAGAGUGAGCUGGAGAAGGAGGGGAGAGUCACCCCACAGGCAGCACAAAAAGAAGAGCAAGAAAAAUAUCUCCAAAAAAGAGUCUCAUAAGUUGGGUCCUGCUCAAGUCCCAAAGCUUCUACCUCGAACCAGUCCAAGAGGCCUGGACCUCCUCUCCUGCCUCCAGAUCAGGACCUGCCUUCUUGCUCCUCUCUGAGCAGAGCUGGCCAGGAGUAGUUUGGCAACCAUUUCUGGGACAGCUCUCAGAGCAUGGGUGAGUCCUUCUUGUCUUUGGGGGUUUCUGGGGGCUUUGUGGUAUCCGUGAGGAGGCUGCUCACUGUUGGAGCACUGUGGGUGGCUGGAGG